AUGGAACCAGAGAAUGAUACAAGAAUUUCAGAAUUUCUUCUUCUGGGACUUUCACAGGAACCCAAAUUACAGCCCCUCAUAUUUGGGGUUUUCCUCUCCAUGUACUUGCUCACAGUGAUUGGAAACCUGUUCAUCAUCCUGGCUACAAUCUCUGACUCCCACCUGAACACACCCAUGUACUUCUUCCUCUCCAUCCUGUCCUUUGUGGAUAUCUGUUUUACCUCCACGACCAUCCCGAAGAUGCUGGUGAACAUCCAGACACAGAGCAAGGUCAUCAACUAUGCAGGCUGCAUCACCCAGAUGUUCUUUUUCAUGUUCUUUACAGGGUUGGAUGAUUUUCUCCUGACUGUGAUGGCAUAUGACCGGUAUGUGGCCAUCUGUCACCCCCUGCACUACACGAUCAUCAUGAAUCCCUGGUUCUGUGUGUUGCUGGCCCUGUUGUCCUGGAUUAUGAGUGUCCUGAAUUCACUAUCACAUAGCUUAAUAGCCUUGCGGCUGUCCUUCUGUACACCAGUAGAAAUUCCCCACUUUUUCUGUGAAAUUAAUCAGGUGGUCCACCUUGCCUGCUCUGACACUUUUAUUAAUGACAUAGUGUUAUAUUUUGCAGCUGUGCUGCUGGCUGGUGGUCCCUUCACUGGGAUCCUUUACUCUUACUCUAAGAUAGUUUCCUCCAUACGUGCAAUCUCAUCAGCUCAGGGGAAACACAAAGCGUUUUCCACCUGUGUCUCUCAUCUCUCAGUCGUCUCCUUAUUUUAUUGCACAAGUAUAGGGGUAUACCUUAGUUCUGCUACUACCCACAGCUCACACUCAAGUGCAACAGCCUCGGUGAUGUACACUGUGGUCACACCCAUGCUGAACCCCUUCAUCUACAGCCUGAGGAAUAAAGAUGUAAAGAGGGCUCUGAGAAGUUUCCUGUGGAGGAAAACUGUCAAAGGAUCAACUUCUCUGCUAUUGAAGAAGCAUGCUUGUUAG